ACUUCAUGAGGAAAUAAUUGACUUCUAUAACUUCAUGUCCCCUUGUCCUGAAGAAGCAGCCAUGAGAAGAGAGGUGGUGAAACGGAUCGAAACUGUGGUUAAAGAUCUUUGGCCAACAGCUGAUGUCCAGAUAUUUGGCAGCUUUAGUACUGGUCUCUAUCUUCCGACUAGUGACAUCGACUUAGUGGUCUUUGGAAAAUGGGAGCGUCCUCCUCUCCAACUGUUGGAGCAGGCCCUGAGGAAGCACAACGUGGCUGAGCCAGGCUCCAUCAAAGUUCUGGACAAAGCUACAGUACCAAUAAUAAAACUCACAGACCAGGAGACUGAAGUUAAAGUUGACAUCAGCUUCAACAUGGAGACUGGGGUCCGGGCAGCAGAGUUCAUCAAGAAUUAUAUGAAGAAAUAUUCAUUGCUGCCUUACUUGAUUUUAGUAUUGAAACAGUUCCUCCUGCAGAGGGACCUGAAUGAAGUUUUUACCGGUGGAAUUAGCUCAUAUAGCCUAAUUUUAAUGGCCAUUAGCUUUCUACAGUUGCAUCCAAGAAUUGAUGCCCGGAGAGCUGAUGAAAACCUUGGAAUGCUUCUUGUAGAAUUUUUUGAACUCUAUGGAAGAAAUUUUAAUUACUUGAAAACUGGUAUUAGAAUAAAAGAAGGAGGUGCCUAUAUUGCCAAAGAAGAGAUCAUGAAAGCCAUGACCAGCGGGUAUAGACCUUCGAUGCUGUGCAUUGAGGACCCCUUGCUGCCUGGAAAUGAUGUUGGCCGGAGCUCCUAUGGGGCCAUGCAGGUGAAGCAGGUUUUUGAUUACGCGUACAUUGUACUCAGUCAUGCUGUGUCACCGCUUGCAAGGUCCUAUCCAAACAGAGAUUCGGAAAGUACUUUAGGAAGAAUUGUCAAGGUAACUCAGGAAGUGAUUGACUACCGGCGGUGGAUCAAGGAGAAGUGGGGCAGCAAGGUCCACCCAGCUCCCGACCUUGACAAUAGAAUUAAGAUAAAAGAGCGAAUAAACUCAUGUGAUGGGGAGCAGCCCCAGCGCCGAGACCCGGAGCCACCCUACACCCAGCACCUGACCUUGUCUCUGCCCUGCCCCCAGCUUCUCUCCUCGGGCUCCUCUGCGUCUUCCGUGUCUUCACUUUCCGGAAGUGACAUUGAUUCCGACACCCCGCCCUGCACAACGCCCAGCGUUUACCAGUUCAGUCUGCAAGCACCCACUCCCCUGCUGGCCAGCUUGCCGACCGCCUUGCCCAUGCCGAGUGGCAAGCCUCAGUCCACUACUUCCAGAACAUUGGUCAUGACAACUAACACUCAGACUAGGUUUACUAUACCUCCGCCGACCUUGGGGGUGGCCCCCAUUCCUUGCAGACAAGUUGGUGUUGAAGGAACUUCAGCACUGAAGGCCGUGCACCACAUGUCUUCCCCGGCCAUUCCAUCCGCGUCUCCUAACCCGCUCUCCAGCCCUCAUCUGUAUCAUAAGCAGCACAGUGGCAUGAAGCUGGCCAUGAAAGGCUCUCACAACCACAGCCAAGGCGGCAGCUACAGCUCUGUGGGCAGUGGAGGUGUUCGACCCCCUGUGGGCAACCGAGGACACCACCAGUAUAACCGUACCAGCUGGAGGAGGAAAAAACACACGCACACGAGGGACAGCCUGCCUGUCAGUCUCAGCAGAUAAUAGCUCCUGGUGGCGCCUCCUGGCCACCACCCUUCCGAGACUGACCCGGGUGGCCUCGGCGCCUGGCAAGAACUGAGACCAGCAUCCAGCACAUCAGCCGGGCCCCUCAAACGCCUGCCGCUGAUCACUCUGCAUGUUCCUUGUGUGGUGGUCACGUCCAUCUUAAAGAACAGCUCCUUGUGCUCAUCUGUGAAGCCUUAUUCCACGUGGACGCUGUUUUCUGCCUUCCCAGGAUCCUUCCAGAAGCAGGUCUGGACCUGGAGCUGCAGGGGGUGAAGUCGGCUUGGGCGUUUGUUUCUCAGCUGUGUCUGUUCCUUCGAGGUUGGGUGUUUUCAUCUUAUGUUUGUCAGAGCCACAGAGAUCAACCCCAUAUCGGCUCUUCCUCGGUGGAUGGAUGGAGGUCACAUUGUUUUACUGCCCUCACGUUUUGUUUCAAGUUUCAGAACUGUUUUUUCUAUGUAAAUAUUGAAAACUUAUCAUUUGUGCAAUAACUCAGAUAUUUUUUAUUUAAUUUCCUAUUUUCACAUAAGUUAUAUUUAAGGGAAGAGGGAAUUUUUUUUUAAACAAGCUUAGGUCCUUUCCCGAGUUGCUUUUCUAAGUUGGGUUCAUAGAGUCAGCUGGUUGUCUGGUGAGCACCGUUGCAAACACCAUGAGUGAGGGGCUUGGGUUUAUUUUUAUGUUUAUUCUUUGGGUCAGAGGGGAAGCCUCUCAAUUUAUGAUGAAGGAGCCGAGUUGCCCCCUAGUUUUCUGAAGGGGUUUGGCCCCCGAGUCUUCUGACCAGCUGCCUGCCGGUUCUGCCGUCCAGCCUGUCUAUUGUCUCGCUCUGACCAUGGAGUUUUAACGUUUUGGUUUUUGGUUCUUUUAAACUAGACAACAAAUCCAGCAUUUAAAGUGCCAGAAGUAUAACUUUCUAAGGGGAGAAGAGGUUAUCACAUUAUAAAAUCCAAAAAAAAAAAAAAAUGUGAACUACAUGCUUCAGUCAGCUUUAGUAAUAACAGCCUGUAAUGAUGGGGCUGGUGAGGAUCAUGACGGACAAUGGUGCCCAGUUUAGGAAUGUGGAGAAAGGAAUUAUGUUGAUUCCAUUGAGGAAUCUGUAUAGCAGUAUGCAUUCGUUCUGUUAAGAGCAAAUAUAGGAAAAGUACUUCAGCUGCUCAGCAAAUAUAGGAAAAACGCUUCAGCUGCUCAGCUCGCUGUGGGGAGUAUUCCUAAUGCUUGCAGGAGAGCACAGCCCAGUGUCGGGCUGGGAGGGCUGGCGCCCAACUUGAGAAGCAUACAGGUAUACUAUGCAAGUGUAUUCUGCCAUGACAACCACUGUCUUUGUUACCUUUUUUUGAACAAGAAUAUAUCCAUCCUGCCUAACCCUGAGUUUUUGGAGCACUACAAUUGUCCUGGGAUUUAGCUGCAUCUCAUAGGUCUGACUUCCCAUUUCUAACAUGGGGUAUUGGCCCCGCUGAACACUACAGGGAGGUUGGCCUUUGGAGUCCACUAGUGGAGUAUGUUGAGA